GGCAAGACUGUUUUACUAACUCUUCCAAGCACAUUGUAUGUGUGUGCACAAGGAAUCAAUAAUGAUGAGCAGCACAGACAGCCACCCCGCCACUAUUGGAUCUACUCUCUUUUUUUCUUUUGCGGGAAUAUUGGAUCUACUCUUGGAUCUGCCGAUUUUGCCAUUCUGGCAUUCUACUCCAUGCAUGACAGCUUUGCAUAAAUAUCAAUCCACUGCAACAGUUGACCUCCCCACUUGACCUCCUCGACCUCGACAAAACAAAACAAGCACUAGAUUGCGUAUGGGUUCCGAGGCGGGAAUGGAAGCUGCUGGAGCGCGAGAUCCACCGGAGCGUCGCCGGGGCGCCGUCACGGCCGUCCUCCUGGCCGCGCUGCCGCUGCUGCUCCUGCUCUUCCUCUUCGGCGACCGGGCCGCCUCCAUCGCUGCCGACUCCCUGGCCUGGGCACAGGUGAAACAGCAGAGUCCACGUAACGCAUCCUCGUCGCCGUCCCCGGAACCGGGCGCGGCGCGUGACGGCCGGCUCCUCGGCGGGCUCCUCUCGCCGGACUUCGACGAGCCGGCGUGCCGCAGCCGCUACGAGGGCUCCAGCCGAUGGAAGCCGUCGCCGUUCCCGGUCUCGCCGUAUCUGGUCCGCAAGCUGAGGCAGUACGAGGCCAACCACCGCCGGUGCGGGCCGGGCACGCCGCGGUACCGCGAGGCCAUGGCGCAGCUUCGGUCCGGCCGCAACGGCGAGCGCGGGGAGUGCAGGUACGUGGUGUGGCUGCCCGUCCAGGGCCUCGGCAAUCGGAUGCUCAGCCUCGUCUCCACCUUCCUCUACGCGCUGCUCACCGCCCGCGUCCUCCUCGUCCACGAGCCCCCCGAGAUGGAGGGCCUCUUCUGCGAGCCCUUCCCGGGGACCUCCUGGCUGCUGCCCGCGACCUUCCCCUACAAGGACGUCCGCUUCGGGUCGGAAUCCAAGGAGAGCUACGUGAGCAUGCUCCACAACAACGUCGUCCGCUACGACGACGUCGACGGCGGCAAUGCCGGCGCGCUCCCGCCGUACGUGUACCUCCACCUGGAGAACAUGAACCUGCGGCUCCAGAACCACACCUUCUGCGAGGAGGACCACCGCGCGCUCGACGGCUUCAACUGGAUGCUGCUCCGCUCCGACAGCUACUUCGCCGUGGCGCUCUUCCUGGUGCCCACGUACCGCGACGACCUGGAGCGCAUGUUCCCGUCCAAGGGCUCCGUGUUCCACCACCUCGGCAGGUACCUCCUCCACCCGGGCAACCCGGCGUGGGGGAUCGCGCAGCGGUUCUUCGACGGCUACCUCGCCGGCGCCGACCAGCGCCUCGGCGUGCAGGUGCGGAUCGUGUGGCACCACCCGGUCCCGUUCGACGUCAUGUUCGACCAGAUCCUCCGGUGCACGCGGGAGCACGGCCUUCUGCCGCGGCUCACCGGCGAACCCUCCCUCGUCCGGCCGUCGUCCAACAGCACGGCCAAGGCGAACAAGGUCAAGGCGGUGCUGGUGGUGUCGUUGAAGCCCGAGUACUACGACAAGCUCCACGCCAUGUACUACAACAACGCGACCGACUCCGGCGAGCUCGUCACCGUGUACCAGCCGAGCCACGACCAGGACCAGCACACGGAGGCGCGCGCGCACAACGAGCGCGCCCUCGCCGAGAUCUUCCUGCUCAGCUACUGCGACGAGAUGGUCACCACGUCGUGGUCCACGUUCGGGUACGUGGCGCACGCGCUCGCCGGGCUGCGCCCAAGGCUGCUGGCCCCGCUGGACUUGAGCAAGAUGAGGUCCGACGUGGCGUGCGUCAGGCCCGCGUCCAUCGAGCCGUGCCUGCACUCGCCGCCGUCGCUCGUCUGCCGGCGCGCGCAGGAUCUCGACCCGGUGGCGCAUGUGCCGUUCCUGCGCCACUGCGAAGAUGUCGAUUUCGGUCUCAAGCUCGUCGACUGAGUAACUUGCCUGGCUCUCUGCACAGAGGCUUCUAUUCGAUUUGGUUUACCAAACAGUGCUGUUUUUAGGCUUGAUUUGUGGUCACUGAAAUACAUGCUCGUCGUCGCCAAAAAGAAAGAAACGAAAGAAAGGAAGGGACUGACUAACCGUCAGUCGACUGAAAACCCAAUUCGGGCCAGUCAAAAAAAUUUCCUUUGCAUGCGGGCUGCACAUAGUCAAUUUCCUCUUCCCGGGCCGUUCAAGGGCUGCCAUCUCCCCUGCCUUGGCAAGGCCGCCACAAAGCUGCUGCUGCUGACCGUUAGUCAGUCCCAAAAAUCUGCUGCUGCCGACUUUUUGGCCCAGCGAAGUAUUUUUUCUCAAAAAAGUCGGCAGUAGCAGUAUUUUGGAACGAAGGGAGGACGAAAUUAAACCAGCGAAAAAUGUUCCACUACUCGCACGAGCGAGAACCCCGCUGUCGUCUCCCUCAGAUGCAGCCUCCCGCUGAAUCGAAUCGCGCUGCCAGCCUCGUCCGCCUCGCCGUGCCUGCGUCCCUCCCCGGACGGCUGCGGCGAUGGAGGGAGCCACUGGCGCUGGCCAGGCCCCCGGCCGAUGGACGCGCCGGAUCAUCGCUCCUCAGGGCCAGCCCCUCCCGCCGCGCUGGAUCACGUGGCAGCCUAGCUUGUCAGAGAUGGCAAAGCUGUUCUAUGCAGAGUACGCCUCCGAGCUAGCCGAUGCCUACUGUAUCCAGUGUUCUGUUGCAUCCGGUGCGACCUCAAAGAAUACCUUCUUCUAGCUGGGCGUUGAGCGCCUCAGGGACGACGAGGUGCAGCGCCUGGGGUGGAAGCAGUUCAACUACACGAUGAAGAAGUGAGUGAAGGGGUUAAGACGGUUGCGUUGUGCGUGCGCUGCUUGCUUGCUGGUCAACGACGGCUGCGUCCUGCGUGUUGGCAAGGCGGCGGCAACGGAUGUUUGCACAAGCGGCCAUAGUGCGGACCAUCAGGAGGAGACAGGGGCACACAAGCACCAGCAUGAUAGCACCACCAUCAGAACACACCAGACGGCUCGCAUAGGGAAUACUUCAAGAUGGACACUGGUGGUACAACAUGGCUUACUAUCAUCUGUUUACACAUGGCUAAUUUGACGGAAUAGCUUUGGCCAUCUUUGAUAUAUGUUACUCCUACUAGAAAUUUCGCUCCCUCGUCUCCAAGGAAUUCCCUACUAGCUACAUUCGACAUG